AUGGCGGCCUCCAUGGCGAUGGCCGUCCUGUGUCGACGCCUGACAGGCGCGCUGCGGCUGUCCGGAACGCGGUCGGGCUCGACGGCUGCCAGCCUCCCAGGAUUGACACUGAAUCUAUUCCACAAGAAGCUGACAAAAGAUGAGCCUCUCCAUCAGUUGAGGUUUCUGCACACUACUUUGUCUCGGAAAGGUCUGGAGGAAUUUUUUGAUGAUCCAAAAAACUGGGGAGAAAAAAAAGUAAAGUCUGGCGAUUCAUGGAAUAUAAAGCAGCUAAGGGCCAAGAGUAGCGAAGACUUGCACAAGCUUUGGUAUGUCCUACUGAAAGAAAAAAACAUGCUUUUAACUUUAGAGCAAGAAUCCAAACGACAACUCAAGCCUAUGCCCAGUCCAGAACGAUUAGAAAAGGUAGAAGAGUCUAUGAAAAAUAUAGACUUGGUUGUCAAAGAAAGAGAAGUUGCUCUGAGGCUUUUACAAACUGGCCAUGAAAAACCAGUACCUGGCGAGUGGCGACAGGACUUCUUGGGACGCACCUACUGGUACAGUUACAAGGAAUGGCCCAUACCAUGGCACCUGAACGAAAAACACAAGAAGAGGAAAUUCUAUUACUUACCUCAUGUGAAUAAAUUUAUCAGGCUCAGAGUUGAAAAAAAUUUACGUGAAAGGGUAAGAAAGCAAAGCCUAGAGAGGAAGAAGCGGAAGGUCUUGGAAAGUAAGUUCCCUCACCUUGCUGCACAAUCUCAGAGCCAGUAACAUGCUGGAAGAGCACUGCAAGCAUCUGUCAAGUAUCUUUGUGAACAUCAAACAAGUUCUAAAACCAGCUAACAACUGGACUGAGUCUACUUAGUUUUG